AUGGCGGGAGCGGCGGGGCUGGGCUGGGGCCUGGCGCUGGCGGCCUGGGCGCUGGCGGCGGCGGCGCGGCUGUACGAAGCGGGCGCGGGCCCCGUGCGGGUGCUGGAGGCGGGCUCGGUGCGGGCGGCGCUGCGGGGCUCGUCCUCGGCCUGGCUGGUGCAGUUCUACAGCUCGGCCUGCGGGCACUGCGUGGCCUUCGCGCCGGCCUGGCGAGCCCUGGCCGCCGACGUGCGAGAAUGGGACUCUGUAAUACAAAUUGGUGUGCUGGAUUGUGGUGAUGAAGAAAACUAUGAAGCUUGUAAAGAGUAUGGAAUUCAGUACUAUCCAACUUUCAGAUACUUCAGAGCUUUUACAAUGCAGUUCUCAACUGGAGAAAACCAGCAUGCAGGUGCAGAUCGGGAACUUCAGAUGGUCCGUCAGACGAUGAUCAACUUUCUGCAGAACCAUUCACAGGAAACAAAACCACCUGCGUGUCCCCCUUUGGAACCAAUUCUGCCAGAAGAAAUGUUUUUUCUCUUUGAUAAACGUGCUCAGCAUUAUACUGCCAUUAUCUUCGAGACUGCGGACUCUUAUGUCGGGCGGGAGGUGAUCCUAGAUCUGGUUCCAUAUGAAAACAUUGUUGUAAAGCGAAUGCUGGAUUCAGAUACCUCUGCUCUUGAGAAACUUCAUAUUACCUCAGUCCCUUCAUCUUAUCUGAUCUAUCCAAAUGGAUCCCAUGGAUUAAUUAACAUUUUGAAGCCUCUCCGGUCUUUCUUUUCUUCCUAUUUAAAGUCACUGCCUGGUAUUAAAAGAAAACUUUCUUCUCAACUCCCAGUACCAAUCAGGCAUAACAAGGAAGGAAAUACACACAUCAAGGAGUGGAAAGAUGAUGACAGAUCUAAGUUGUAUAUGGCUGACCUUGAGUCAGGGUUGCAUUAUCUAUUCAGGGUAGAACUUGCCACUCACAAAACUCUUGAGGGAGCUGAGCUAAAGAUCUUCAAAGAUUUUGUUACAAUCCUUACCAAGUUAUUUCCUGGUCGUCAGCCUGUGAUAAAGUUGUUGGAGACUUUGCAAAUGUGGCUGUUGAGCCUCCCAUUAGACAGAAUCCCUUAUGAUGCCAUUCUUGAUUUGGUCAACAACAAAAUGCAGAUUUCUGGACUCUUUCUCACUAGCCGCAUCCAGUGGAUAGGCUGCCAGGGCAGCAGGCCGGAGCUCAGAGGCUACACUUGUUCUUUCUGGAAACUGUUCCAUACACUUACAGUUCAAGCAGUAGUUCAACCAGAGGCCUUGAAUAAGACAGGUUUAGAAGAGAAUCCUUGUGCGGUCCUUCAGAUCAUGCAGAGAUAUGUCAAGGAUUUUUUUGGAUGCAGGGCUUGUGCCCAGCACUUUGAAGAAAUGGCCGAAGAGUCCCUCAGUUCGGUGAAGACCUUGGAGGAGGCCGCAUUGUGGCUCUGGGAGAAGCACAAUGUAGUGAAUGCCAGGCUGGCAGGUGACUUGAGUGAAGAUCCAAAAUAUCCAAAAGUUCAGUGGCCAACUCCAGACGUUUGUCCUGCAUGCCACGAAGAAAUUAAAGGCAUGCAUACCUGGAACAAAAUCCAAGUGCUACAGUUCCUGAAGCAUCAUUAUGAUAGUGACAACAUUUUAUAUACAUACACAGAUGGUUAUGAAAAAGAACUCUGGGAAGACAGGAAGAAUGUUUUAGUUAACAAACAAAGCAGAAAUCAUGUCGGCAAGAUCCAAGAUCCAAACAAAAUGUUAGAUUCAAAGUUGGGAGUCCUGGAUAGAUUGACAGUGCAAGACAUCCCUAAAGCCAGAGGCAAUAAAGCCGCUGAGGAGUCAGUUGCUGAAAAGGAAAUGAAACAGACUGUGUCAUUCCUGGGAAUGGGAUUCUCUAAUGUUGACAUGAGUCUGUGCAUUCUACUUUAUGUGGCAUCGUCUUUGUUUUUAAUGAUCAUGUUUUUCUUUUUCCAAAUGAGGUCCAAACACUGGAAAGUAAGACAUUACCGUCCCUAUGUAUAGAUUUGAAUUUGGAAGCAAAGAUUCUCACUCUGACUGAGCCCAGAAGAAGCUUUAAUAUUUAUGAUCGGGGAUUUUUACUAUACAGUAUUUUUGAAAAUGUGUCUUCCUUGCUUAUUGUAUGUAUUCAUUUCCUAAAUUGUUCCGGUGUGCCAUUUUUGGAUCCCAAACGCUUGCCUUUAUCAAAUACAUAUAUACUUUGUGGUGGAGAGUGCUGUCAAGUCAUUGCUAACUUAUGGCGACUACUAGUGAGGGAACAUUAAAAUAUU